AUGACUAUUGGCUUGCAGAGCGAUGCCUCUCGAUCCCACUUCAGCAACAUGUCACAUGAAUUUACCACCCCAAGGGAUGAAAUAGGACCGAUGCUUCCCGAUGAAGGCUUUCAGGCUUCCACGGUCAUCGCGGGGCUUAUGCCCGAUUCAUUUGGGGAAAUGUUUAAUUUCCUGGAUGGAGACAGUUUUGGAAUUGGACCAAUGCACGAGUUCGUCUACGGAUGGCAAGCGAUAGUGAACACUAUGAGUAUGAAAAAUAACGUCGAAGUUCGCAAACGAGCUGGAUUGCAAAGAUUUGCUUUGGCGGGUAUUAACGGGAUCACUUUGAUUUCACAUAUCGGCGCAACGGAGAUUAUGAUAAAUGGUACUAGAACGUACUGCUUCGGCGGUGUUUCGAGGCCUCCUGGGCGCAGGAGUGUUAUUUGUAAGGGUACAAUGUAUCAAGAAGGGCGGUUUUCUUGUAAAGUGCCGUAUUUACGAUACCCCACAGUGUUAGGGUACAGAUAUUGUAUCGACAAGUACGCCGCUGUGAGCUCACUAGAUGGAACCUACAAAACAACAUAUUGCGCGCGUGGUGAAUCAGUACCGAAAUUUCACUACGACUACAUCUGCGAACGGAGGGAUGUCAAAAUAAAACGCGUCAAUCUCACGGAUCCAAAUGAGAGAUUCAAUCGACGCAACCCAGUGGUGAGGAGGGCUGAGUACUACCGCGCGCCAUACGAUAUACUUAAAGCAUGCCCUGAUUGGUAUGGCUGUAACCUUCGAAUAUCACCAGAAUCCCUUCAUCAGGACAUUCCAACUGGACUGUUGGACGCAAACGGGACCGCUUUUGUGGGACAUGGUGGGAAAUAUUGGCUAUCACUAUAUUAUACACAGUUAUCAACAUAUGCAAUAUACUUCCAAGCUCACGGUGAAUACCCUUGGCAGUCCAAUAGACCAGUUGUUUCUAUAGACAAAGGUGGCAUCUGGGAACAGCUUCUCAAAGCAAACAUUGGACCAGACAUGAAUUUACACUACAACCUGAAUGGUAUUUACAAUAGAUAUCCAGGAGGUGUGGUUAUGCCUGACAUUAUGAGGAAUGAAGGACAGGUCCAGCCAGCGAAUUUCAGAACUGAGACACGAGAUGGUGCACCCGAAGAAAUAAUCUUGAACUCGCAUCUUCCGGCAGAUAACUCUGGAGGAGACAGCAGUUAUAAGUUUAUCCACGAUUCACAAAUACAAGCAAAUUUUGAGCAUGGAAAGAAUUUAAAAUAA